UUUUUUUUUAUACAUAUACUUCAUUGUUUAAAUUUAAUUUAGUAAUGUCAUCCAAUUCUGCUCUUUUCACUCCUAUGAAGCUCGGUAAGCAUGAGCUUAAGCAUCGUAUUGCUCUUGUUCCUUUGACACGUUUCCGUGCUGAUGAGAAUGCUGUUCCUACUGAUCUUAUGGCUGAAUAUUAUGAACAACGUGCCACUGAUGGUGGUCUCUUGCUUACAGAAGCUUGUUUCAUCACUUUUAAGGCAGGUUCUUAUCCUCGUGCCCCUGGUAUCUAUACAAAGGAACAAAUUGCUGGUUGGAAGAAAGUGACAGACAGAGUUCAUGCUAAAGGAGGUGUUAUCUUCCUUCAACUCUGGCAUAUUGGUCGUGCUGCUAUGUCAGCUCAUAUUGGUGAACAACCUGUCUCUGCUUCUGAUAUUCCUAUCUCAGGUGUUAACCUCUUAGGUCUUCCUCAAGAAAAGCCUCGUGCCCUUACUAUUCCCGAAAUCAAAUCUCUUAUUCAAGAUUACCGUCAAGCUGCUUUAAAUGCAAUGGAAGCUGGUUUUGAUGGUGUUGAAAUUCAUUCUGCUAACGGUUAUCUUCUUGAUCAAUUCAUCAACACCUCUAGUAAUAAGCGUACUGAUAUGUAUGGUGGUAGUAUUGAAAAUAGAUGUAGAUUACCUCUUGAAGUAGUAGAUGCAGUUGUAGAGACUAUUGGUGCUGAACGUACUGCUAUUCGUUUCUCUCCCUGGUCUGGUUUCCAAGAUAUGGAAGAUGCUACCCCUUAUGAGACCUGGGGUUAUCUUGUCAAGUCACUUCAAGAAAAGCACAGUAACUUGGCUUUCCUUGAUUUUAUUGAACCUCGUGCUGAUUUCACUGCUGACAGUUAUGAUAAUAAGAGUGAUACCCUUGAUCCUUUCCGUAAAGCAUGGAAGGGUCCUUUCAUCUCUGCUGGUGGUUAUACUUAUAAUACUCAAGCUGCCUUUGAUACAGCUGAAAAGACUGGUAACAUGAUUGGCUUUGGUCGUCUCUUUAUUUCUAAUCCUGAUCUUGUUGAACGUCUUCGUCAUGGAUGGCCUUUGAACAAAUAUGAUCGUAGCACUUUCUAUACACAUGAUGCUAAAGGUUAUACUGAUUAUCCUUUUUAUAAGAAGGAUUAAUUUUUUUUUCUCCUUUUUGUAACUGUUUAUUCGUUUAGAUUCUUUUAUAUAAUAUAUAAUCAUUUCUUAAUUUGUAAAAAUAAAAGACUAUAUAACAAAA